GCUUAACUUACUCAUUUUUUGUAAAUCCAGUACAAGAAGUUAUACAGUACAAAUAGUGGGAUUAUUUGUGCUUCUGUGGAGAGAGGAACUCCACUUUUUUACUUCCACCAAUGGACUUGCUCUAAAUUAGAAGAUGGUCGCAAAUGAAGUGAAUGUGAAGUAUAAAAAUAUUCUAGUACUCAAAAGAUUUUAGAGAAUGAAGCGAUUUCGGAAAUCGAACAUUGAAUAAGGGAUGGAGUGGUGUGUGAACAUAGAGGUAUCUGGUAAUGAUUUUGGAACGUCUGAUUAAGAAUUGGACAAUCUUAUUUUUUCUCAUGGAAUGGAAUUUCAUCCCAAAAAAAAAAAGUAGGAAAAAUUAGAUGCAAAAAAUUUGCCUGAGAAAAGAUUGGGGGGAUUAAAAGAACAGUUUUCCAAAUAAAGAAAGAAAGAAACCCAUAAAAGGGAUGGUGAACAAGUCGUAGGCUUGAGGAACUGAAAGCGUUUUAUCAAGAACAAAACAAAACAAUAAAGCGCAGGAAGGAGUCCCAUUCACUCACGUCUUCAACGGUGAGUUCCGUCCGGCGUCAUUUUGACAAUGGAGUUCUUAGACGAGGAUGCCCGACCAAGAUUCGUCCUCCAAUCCAAGCCAACACCGGAACCCGCCCAAUCUUUGCCGGAUUCCCAAGCUCUCCGUAAACCCACGCUCUUUCUUUCCCUUUCUAUUUCCUCUGUUUUAUUCGCUCUCGCAGUCUUUUACUUCACCUCGGAGCCCUUUCGAUCCAUAUUGAUUUGGUUCUCUCUAUCCCUCCUCGUCGGCCCAUUUGCCCCACCCGAACUCACCGCCGGCGACAUUCGCGUUGGCCUUGGUCCGGCCAUUCCCGAACCCGUUGUAGAAACCGAGAUAUCUGAUGACAACAGUAAACGUAACAGUAGAAGAUCAGCAAAAUCGACGAGACAACCAGAUGGGCCGGUAUAUGGAUCUGGAUCGUCCGUAUCGGGUGAUGUUUUGGAUGGGGUGGGAAAAAAUGGUAUCCCGGCGAAUGGAAAUGGGUCGGUGGUGAAAUUUGAGAAAAGUGUGGGAAAAGUUGUGAAUGAGGAAGUGGAUUGGGAUGAGGCGGAUGAGGAAUUGUUGAAGAAGCUAAUGGGGAAGCAUCCUGUUGGGAAGCCGGGGCGGUGGGAGGCAAUAGCUCAGGGUUUUAAUGGGAGACACUGUGUGGAGAGUGUGAUUCAGAGAUCAAAGAAACUGGGAGAGAAGAAAGUUAGUGAUGAGGAUAGUUAUAAGAAGUUUUUGAAAGACCGGAAGGCGGUGGAUAAGCGUGUUCAGGAAGAGAAUGACAGUAAUGUUGUUGGAGGAUCGGGGAAUUCGGAUGUGAAGGGAGAGAGUAGUGGAUGGACUCCUGGGGAUGAUCUAGCAUUGCUCAAUGCUUUGAAGGCUUUUCCAAAGGAUGUGGCAAUGAGGUGGGAGAAAAUCGCGGCCGCCGUGCCUGGAAAAACUAAAGCAGGUUGUAUGAAAAGGGUGUCAGAGUUAAAGAAGGAUUUUAGGAGUUCCAAGGCUGCUCCUAGUGAGGCUUAGACAAAGGAAUGGUGGUUACCUUAAGGAGGUAAUUUGUGUGACCUAGAUAUGUUAUGUUUUCAUACACAAUUUUGAGAUAAAAAAGUCUUAGGCAUAGGUUUUGAUCACAGAAAUCAUAUAGUCAAUUUUCAGGAUAGAACUGCUAUUAUUUAAUUGGCUGGCAAUUCUUUGCUAUCAAUGUAAUUUGUAUGAACAAUGACAGUCUAAGCCAUGUUAUUUUGAUUGUUUCAUCAUUUGUUUUGUGCUGAUUUAGAAUUUCAAAAGGUAUUCUAUUGAUGAUUUAUCUUGGCACAGCUUGCGUGAUCCAGAAAUGUGUUUGAUGCUUACUAUCGAUUACUGUUAUAUUGCUCCCAAUGUAGAUUCUCUAGAGUUAAGCUUUAUGUCAGUACAUAUGGAGUAUAACCAGAAGCUUUACCCUUGAUU